CAUGCAUUCCCGAAGGGGCCUUAGGGGGACACUGGCAUAUUACUUGAAUAACGGUACGAAGAUCCUGUGAUCUAAGAUAUAUCAUUAUGAAGAACUUUUCAUUCCCCUUCGCCCUUGGACUUCUAGGUACUCUGCUUCUGACUGCUGCCGCACAAUCCCCUUGUGGACCGAACUCUGAGUAUACUACGUGUGGUUCUGCAUGUCCCCUGACAUGCACUUCUACAACGGAGAUUGACUGUACUCUUACAUGUGUGAUAGGAUGUCAGUGUAACAUAGGCUAUGUCUUGAGUAGUGCCGGUGAAUGCAUUCUUCCUUCAGAAUGUUAGAAGCUGAGGGCAUAUACUGUUAUAGGAUCGAGGCGAUCUAGUGUACUGAAUGCUGUAGCCGGAAGCUAUUCCUAGAUUAGUUAAUUGUGUGAUCACAAUUUAUCUGUUUGUA